UCGCCACAAGUUUGAAAGUGAUCCAUGGAAACCCUGUGCAAAGUGUAACGCAUCUAGCGCCCUGGAUGCCAGGGCAGAUCUUGAGCACCAGGGGCCAAAUGUGAAACGUUUCGUUUUACCCUCUGAUUUAUCAGGAAGGUAAUUAGCGCGGUGGCGGUGCUCUGUGCUGUGGAAGAUGCUGCUCUCGAACGCGGUCGCGGUCGGUCCUGCUCGCGGGGAUGAUUCAUCCGUUGUGCGCUGCAGGAACAGAGACCCGGAGAAACUCCCGGCUCGUCAAAGCCGUGUCGUUAUUAACGGGAGUCGCCAACCUGUCUCUGCAAUUAAUCACGCGCCUCCUCCUCGUCCUCCUUUUAAUAAUCAAUUACGGUGCGGCGAGAUUAAAUUAAUGAUGUAUAAAACCAUUUUGGAGCUACGCAACGUGGACAGUGCCGGCCCUCUCAGUUCAGCUGGAGGUCACUGGUAUCAGAUAUUGAGCUUAUUUGAUAGAAUGAAAGCAGACAAAGUAUCUUUUUUUGUUUUAUUCUAAAUAUUGUGCUGCUCGCGUUAAUGCUUGAAGCUGCUGUUUGUGCGGAGGAUUUGUGCUGAGUGUAAUGUCAGAUUAAUCGGAGGUACAAUCUUUAAUCAGUGAUUAGUGUCUCAAGCAAUUAAAUAUCCUUUUAUAUUAUUUCAUGGUAUUUUUUUUCCACUGUUGAAUAUGUAACAGGUACAUGCACAUGCUUAUUAAGUAUGCCCCAUUACCUUUCUCUGUGACGCCAUGGUUUUUUUGUUUUUUUUCCCCUGAUCACGUGUGCUUGCACUAGCAGACUGAAAGACAGCGGCCUCCGCACCUGACUAUGUAGACCACCCAAGUCCCGCUUUGGAGGAGCCGAGGCGUUCCCUAGUUCUGAUGUCCCAUAGUACUGAUGUCAUACUGACCCCUCCCCCGCUCCCCCAGAUGUCCCCCUCUGAUUGGCCCGGUGGAAAGUGGUGGGCGGGGGCAGAUGGAGGCGCCAUGCAGACUCCUGAGGCAGGCUCGGACGCCGCGUCCACCGUCCCUCUCCAGAGCGCAGUGCCCGCGCAGCCCGCCGUCGCUGCCCAGCAGGUGGCGCCACAGGUGCCCGUCCAGCAGCAGCAGGUCCAGACGGUGCAGCAGGUGCAGCAGGUGCAGCACGUCUACCCGGCGCAGGUCCAGUACGUGGAGGAGAACAGCGGCGUCUACACCAAUGGAGCCAUCCGGACGUACUCCUACUCGGAGCCGCAGCUCUACAGCCAGAACAGCGGGGGGGCGUACUUCGACACGCAGGGCGGGUCGUCGCAGGUGACGACGGUGGUGACGUCCCACGGGAUGGCGGGGGGCGGGGACGGGGGCCUGACCAUGGAGCUGACCGGCGGCCAGAUCAUCAGCAGCUCGGGGACGUACAUCGUGGGGGCCGCCUCCAUGGACAACUCCUCCCCCCAUUCUGCCGCCCAGACCACCAGAGCCUCGCCGGCCACUAUUGAAAUGGCCAUUGAGACACUCCAAAAGUCUGAAGGCUUAUCCACCCAACGGAGCUCACUGCUCAACAGCCAUCUGCAGUGGCUGCUGGAUAACUACGAGACGGCGGAGGGGGUGAGCCUCCCGCGAUCGACGCUGUACAACCACUACCUGCGUCACUGCCAGGAGCAGCGGCUGGACCCGGUCAACGCCGCCUCCUUCGGCAAGCUCAUCCGCUCCAUCUUCAUGGGGCUGCGGACACGCCGGCUCGGCACCCGAGGGAACUCUAAGUACCACUACUACGGGAUCCGUGUGAAGCCGGACUCUCCGCUCAACCGGCUGCAGGAGGACAUGCAGUACAUGGCCCUGAGGCAGCAGCCUGUGCAGCAGAAGCAGAGGUUGAAGCCGGUGCAGAAGGUGGACGGCUCGGGGGGCGAGAACAUUUCGGGGAGCAGCCAGCACGCACCCAGCGCUGCAGAGCAGACGGUCAUCGCACAGAGCCAGCACCACCAGCAGUUUCUGGACGCCUCCCGGACUCUUCCGGACUUCGCGGAGCUCGACCUGGGCGACACCGACGUGGACCUCAUCACCCCCGACGACGUGAAGACGCUUCAGGUGCUCUACAGAGAGCACUGCGAGGCGAUCCUGGACGUGGUGGUGAACCUGCAGUUCAGCCUGAUUGAGAAGCUGUGGCAGACAUUUUGGCGUUAUUCGCCCUCCACCUCCGUAGAGGGCGCCACCAUCAACGAGAACAGCGGGUUGAGCGAGAUCGAGGGGCGGCUGCCGUGCCCCAGGCUGCUGAUGCUGUGCCGGAACGAGGCCGUGCUCAAGUGGAUGAGCGCCUGCGAUCACGUGAUGUACCAGGCCCUGGUGGAGGUCCUCAUCCCCGACGUGCUCCGACCCAUUCCUAGUGCCUUGACUCAAGCCAUCCGCAACUUUGCCAAAAGCCUGGAGGGCUGGCUGAACAGUGCCAUGGGCGCCAUCCCCCAGAAGAUGGUCCAGACCAAGGUUGCUGCUGUUAGUGCCUUCGCGCAGACGCUGCGUAGAUACACGUCGCUGAACCACCUGGCGCAGGCAGCGCGCGCGGUGCUGCAGAACACCUCGCAGAUCAACCAGAUGCUGAGCGACCUCAACCGCGUGGACUUCGCCAACGUGCAGGAGCAGGCCUCGUGGGUGUGCCAGUGCGAGGAGGGCGUGGUCCAGCGUCUGGAGCAGGACUUCAAGGCCACGCUGCAGCAGCAGAGCUCCCUGGAGCAGUGGGCCGCCUGGCUGGACAACGUGGUGAGCCAGGUGCUGAAGCCCUGCGAGGGCCGGCCCAGCCUGCCCAAGGCCGCCCGCCAGUUCCUGCUCAAGUGGUCCUUCUACAGCUCCAUGGUGAUCCGGGACCUGACCCUGCGCAGCGCUGCCAGUUUCGGGUCCUUCCACCUGAUCCGGCUGCUCUACGACGAGUACAUGUUCUACUUGGUGGAGCACCGCGUCGCCCAGGCAACCGGCGAGACACCCAUUGCCAUCAUGGGGGAGUUUGACGACCUCAACACCAUGUCUCCUGCAAACAUUGACAAAGACGAGGUGAGCGAGAUGGAGAGCGAGGCGGAGGAUGAGGUGGAGGACUGCGGGGAGCCGUUGGCGAAGCGAGAGAAGGUGGAGGUGAUCCAGGUGCUCCAGGUGGGGGCGCUGGAGGGGGGGGGCAGCGCCGUGGUGGGCGUGGUCCAGCCCGGGGUGCUCGCCUCGCUGCCCCAAACGACCCCGGGACACACGGAGCACAUCCUCACCCCCACCAUCCGCCACUGCAGCUCCACGGGGAGCACCUACACCUCUGUCUGAGUCCCCCCCCCCGCCCCAAAACUCCCCUCCCCUCCCCCGGAGUCCCCCCCCCCCCCCGUCGCCCACCUGCCUGUGCCCGUCCCCGCUCCACCAGGUUCCCGCCGGAGAAAAGCGGCUAACAUUCCGUACGAAGAUAAACCAAAACCCCAACGCUAAGAGUGGCACGGACUGCCCCGGCGGGGCGAGUUUCAGCGGGCGAGGGCAUCGGCAGCGGUGGCAAGAGGGCGGACAGGAGGCUGUUUUUGGUACAUGGGUCCUGUGGUAGCUGUAGCUUUGCUUGUGGGAGGGGGAGGGGUGAGGAGGGAGGGGGGUGGAGGUGUGGGAGGGAAGGGGGGGGAGGAUUACCGUUGACCCAAGAGAAGCUGGAUCAGGAAGAGGGAUGCGAUCUGACUGUCUCCGUGACGUCCCUCAUUUCAGCGAAUCAUGUUUUUGUCCUUGACCGCUAAAGAACACGUAACCAACCCAACAGAGCCACUGCAGACCAGUUGCUAACGUGCCCUUCUGUGUUCAGAGCAACAAUUGUCAUGGAAACCGAGUUGCUUAGUGUUCCAUAGGUUAUAGGUUAGACUAGCGAACAGGCGACGAGAAAUUUUUGCUCUGAAAGACUGCAUCAUAGUUUUAUUCGAUAUUUUUACCUCAGAUUAGUUAGUUAGGUAAAUUAUGACGUUUAGCAUCAUUUUUAAAGGUUCGACGAUAGGACUACUGGGCAACUUUAGAAUGUAGUGAGACAGUCGGAGCGUUGGUGACAUCUUGAUCCGUUACCUGAGUGUCUGUCACCAUGCUGACCAGUCAGCUGUUGUAGCUUUCUCUGAGCGGAAAAAAAAACAAACAAAAAAAAACAACAAAAAAAAAAACAUUGUGCUUGUUGAGCCAGGUAUCCCUGAAUAGCUGCAUAAAAGCAUCGUGCUAUUGGAUCUUUUUUUUUUCUCUGUACUAUACACGAAAGCAUGUUGUGUUAUCGUCGUUUCAUUUAACGUGAAGAGUCAGGUUUGUUCUGUUCUGAUUGGACCAAAAAAAAAAAACAAGUAGAAGCAGGUAGGAGGCGACCUGCCUGUGCCGUCGUGACGCCCUGUCUCCUGUCGCGACGGUGCUGCGUCGCGACACAGAGUGAAUGUCAGGGACUUAUGUACCUCAGCGUCUUCAUAGUGCCUUAAAACAGCUGCAGACUUUUAUUUCACAUCGUUCCACUCGUUUCUCUGAAGCGCAAUCACCUUACUCUGCACCCCCAUCCCCAACCCCCCCCCUCCCCCACCAGCACCCCCCCACCCUCCCCCACCCUCUUCCUGAGAAUAUUAGCGAUGGCAUUUUUGGAAAAGGAGAAAAAGUUUGGUUUCUACAAUUGCGCCCCCCCCAAAACGGACACGUUCCCUGCUUUUCGCCUGGCGUUCUGUUCAGCGCCGUGUGCGUUUGCAGCUCAGAGCUGGCGACUGCCGUUAAGGGGGCGGGGUCUGUGCGUCCCGUGCCCCGCCCCCUCUCUCCCAGCCUCACGGUGACCAAACCCCUGCUUUCUCUGAUUAUCCUCUCUCUCUCGUUUCCGUCGAAAAAUGAACGUCAGCUAUUCUCUAAAGUUCAGUCCUCAUUCGUCCUUACUCCUGUUUCUACACUCUGUAUAUGUAUAUAGUGGACCAAAAGUUGAUAUUUUCAAUUAUACAGUACAUUUGCUAUUAUACUGUACUUUAUAAAUAUAUCUAUAUUUUUUUGGUUUGUUUGUUUCUUCUCAAGUGUUUUUUUUUGUUUGUUUUUUUUAAAUGUUUGCUUGCUCUGAUGGUCACCCUGUGGUUUAUCUUGAAUAGCUCUGCUGUGAUUCGUUGAUUGACUGUGAAAAGGGGAGGGGCUGCAGGUGCUCCAAUCAGGGGAGGGGCCUGCCGUCCACCUCUGGGUCUGUAGUGGCUCCGCCCAAGGGGGGCGUCGUCCUGCCGCCUCAGUGGGUGCCCCGCCCAAUCCUGCAAAGCAUCAUGGGAGUUUUGUACCAAAAUAGCACGUCGCUUAGAGCAGUCUUUCAGGCACAGUUUUAAACACGCUGUCACUGCUGAAACUCUUUGUGGAAAUUUGUGGAAAAUUUUCUCCAGUGAGGGAAAAAAAACUUGACGGUGAGGCUGAAAGAUGGUGAAGGACUGGUAGGCUGGUAGAGGUGUGCCCUGAGGGUGUGUUUGUGAGCACUGGAUCUUUGCGGCUCUCCAACCAGCAACCCCGACUAAGCGGGAGUCUAACUUCACACUUUACCUGUCACUAGUCCUCAUUUAGUGAAGAACAUAGCAAAGGAAUGCAUUGAAAUUUGAAAAUAAAUGGCAGCUUGUUGUUCCUUUUAAGUACUACUUGAUUAAUUCUUUACUAUACAUUUUAACUGUCGGUUUUCAAAAAACCGUCCGUAGUGUUUUAAAAUGUAAUUUAUUUAUAUUUAUGGCAUAUUUAAUCUGUAGGAUUUUAGAUGCACUUCUUGAGUUCAGACAUAAAUUUGGAGCAUGCGUCUUUAUUUUUACACUGUCAUUGCAUUUCCUGUGAAAUCGUUUUCUCACUUCUGACUGGCUGGGGAACGAUGUCUGAAAGCACUUAUGAAAUUCUGGGUUUCCUCGUAGUCCCCGGAGUCCCGUGUGGACGGGUAGAACCGCUCGUGCUCAUUCCCUCUCUCGCCAGGAGUUCAGAUAGUUCACAGACAGUGUUUGAUUUGUUCUUAAAUUCUUUCUUGAUUUUGUGCAUUAGAGAUGAUGAAAAGUGCUGUUUUGGUUUUGCAUGCUUUUUUUGUGCUGCUAGAAUUUGAUGGUUUUUGUCUCAAAUUUUUUUAUCAUUUUCCUUGUCACUUCUUUGGAAAAUGUGCCAGCUAGGAAAUUAUUCCAGGUUAUGAUCAGUGAUCUCACGUCAACUUUUCAAAAAAGAGAGGAAAAAUCCCUGCCUCGUUUGUACACUGAAUACACUGCCUAACACUGUUUUUUAAUUUUUUAUUGUACAUAACAUUUCACAAAUGUCCUUACUAAAAGUUUUUUUUUUUUUUUUUUUUUCCACAAUUAGAAAUGAUAAAAAAUGUUGAUUUUGGGCCUUAUUGUUUUGUUUCAAGGCCAACGACUGUUCCAGCACUAAAAUCUCAAUUUAUGCAGGCCAGUUAGAGAGCCUCUGCCUUCCUUCCCACAGAGGAGAAAACUAAUUAAGACGUUCAGGUCCAAAUCGCUCCCACUAACAUAUCAAAUCCCGAGGCUCACCGGGACCACUGGCUAACGGGAGGCAGAGGCGCGUUUUGUCCGCUUUUUAAAAAAAAAUGAUUUUUGUUUUUAUUUUUUUUCCGGUGUCGAUUGACGGUCUCCUCCUCGUCAGAACGCCCAUCUCUCAGUGUUCUCUCACACAGGUAGUUUCACUGCCACGAGAUCCCAGUGCCUUUGACUUCACAGUGAACUCAGAGACCGGCCUUCUGGUCCAGGAUUAGGGUGGAGCGUGCGCACCUGGUAUCUCCAAACCCCUCCUGUACCCUCACCACCCUUACAUAGCCCUGGCAUCAGAGAGACACCAAAAAAAACAAACAAAAAAAACCCCACACACCCGUAGAGGGGAGCGAGCGGCCAAGCAGAGAGGCAGACUCAACCGUGCCUUCGACCACCUCUCGAUAAGGGACUGUUUACCGAUCUCCUUGCAUUUACUGUAGCACAGCCAUAAAUCGGACAGGUGUGCAAGAACCAUGCAAAGCACAAGACGCAGGUGCACAGGACAGUACGACAGUACGCAUACACACAAGGUUUAUCUGUGUUAUUUCUGAGCUCUUAGAAAAGCCCCCGUAUAAUACUACUGACGAUUGGGUGACGGCCUCUGCUAGUGACAUCACCCGUUAUGGAUGGGAGGCGGAAAUCCCUCCAGCUCCUUACCGGAAGAUUCUCUGCUUCACCGCUACGCACAGCCUGGACUAAUGGAUUCGUUUAUGUUCUAGCCCCCAAGUGUGCAGAGAAGAUGCUGUAGCAUUUACGAUAUUUUAUACGGUCACAAAUGCGGUAACUUAUGGUUUUUGACAGUAAGAACACUGCUAUCGCUGUCGUUUGAAAUUCUCACACCGUUUUAUUUUGCCGAGUGCCGUGUGUUUGUUUGGUUGUGCUCUUAUUUGAUUGGAUAAGCGUAUGUAUAGAUAUAUGAAGUGCCAUUUGACCGUCCUCUUAAUGGGUUUUGACCUGCUGUAGCGCGUUCUGAUGCAAGCACAGAGCUUCGGGGCCUCUGGGGAGACUUUGGCAGGGUCGGCCCCCAGAGGCAUAGUCUGUGGUGUACAUACGAAGAUGAAAGUGGAAGCAAAGUGGUAAUUUAUUUACUCUCAUUUCUCUUUUUUUAAAAUUUUAAUUUCCUUUAUUCUUUUGGAUGAAACGUUUUGAUGUUUAUUUAAAUUUGUUGGAAGGUACAUUGUGAUUACUCUUUUUUUGUAUGAUGUAUUGUAUUUUGUAAAUGUAAAUAUAUAUAUCAUGAUGUGAUUUUUUUCUUUCAAUUUGUGUGUUUCAAGUAACAUUUUAUGACAUAUCUUCUAAAAUUGGCAAAAACAGCUAACAUAUUAGUGUGAGGAUGAUUUGUAUUGUGUAUUUUACAAAAAUUAAAGCAAAAUAACUGGGGAACUUUUAUAUUUAUAAAUAUAUAUUAACUUUUAGUGUGUCAAUAUGAAAAAAGAAGAGAUCAAAGACACAUGUAGUUUGUUUUUCUGAAUAUUUCAGACUUGAGCUCAGGCUAGCUUACUAGUGUUGUUUUCUUAAAAUGUGUGGCUUGUCUUUCAAAACGAAUAAACUUUUCCUGUUGAAAUUUCUCAUGA